ACUUUUGAAUCUGCUGUGGAGGAGAAUGUCAGCAUCAACGGACAAGCCUGGCAGGAAGCUGCCGACCACUGUCUUAUGGACUCUGACAUCAAAGUUCUUGAAGAUGAAUUUGAUGAGCUCAUAGUAGAUGUGGCAACAAAACGCAGGCAGUACCCCAGAAGGAUCCUGGAGAGCGUCAUCAAAACCUUGAAAGCUCAGCACGAGACUCUGAAGCAGUAUCGCCCGGUUGUGCAUCCCUUGGACCUGAAAUGUGACCCUGACCCAGCUUCUCAUGUGGAAAAUCUGAAAUGUCGCGGGGACGCUAUAGCUAAGGAAAUCAGUGACGCCAUGAAGGCUUUGCCUGUGUUAAUUGAACAAGGAGAAGGCUUUUCCCAGGUCUUAAAGAUGCAGCCUGUCAUCCAACUGCAGAGGAUCAACCAGGAAGUCUUUUCCAGCUGUUACAGGAGAGCUGAUACCAAGCCCAGCAAGUCUAUAACACAAGUGGAAACCACACCAACCGAAACUGCAGCCAGGAGCACAUCGAACAUAGUGCUAAAGAGAAAGCAUGCCCCUGACUGCUCCCAGAGACGGCGCUACCCUCUUCGGCCAAAGAGAAUUAAUCUUGACACAUAAACUGUUUGUUGGGGAAUUGGAGGUCAGUCCUGUCAGCACUCAGGUCACUGCCUGCUGCUUGGGAGACCUCAUUUAAAGUCACCGUGACUCUGCACAGGUGCAGUGCACUGUUCUGCCUGGACUGGCCUAUGGUGUCAUUCUCUGCCACCCUGAUCUCCCUCUGUGGUAGGUGAAAGCCUUUUGAGCAUGGCACAGAGCUGUAUGUGUCCUCAGAUGCCAUCAGUCCCUGUUGCCUUGCGGCUGUCGAGGUAUCCCAGGGAUGUGCUCUGAGGGGUUCUUGAUGGCAGCUUUCUCCACAUGUGAAGCCCUGAGGUGGAUCUUUGACUGGCCUUGGCUCUGCUCUGCACAGCAGCUGUGCAUUGCUAGUGCAGUUCAUCGGAUGAACACACAGACGAAGGGCGCUUAAUUUAGUGUUAGGGUUUUGUUUUGUGAGAUAAAGGAGAAGGCUGUUAUUUAUUGUGCAGGAAAUAUUGCUCUAAAGAAGACCUGAGGCUGGAGCUCUGCUUCUUGCUUGUGCUUUCAUCUUCAUAGGUCUUUGAACAUAAUUUGAGUGGGAACUGAUAGUUUCUUUUAAAGCCUUCAUUUCCAAAUAGAUUCUUCCAGUUCAGAGUAUAUAUUAGGAUUACUGGUGAGUCAUUUUACAGCAGACCUAAGCAGAGUGAACUGCUCUGGAAAAGGACAUUUGUAUAGGCGCUAUAGUGUCAGACUUAAAAGGGUCUCAGCAAACUUACACUCUGAGACUCAGCCACAGCCUCUUACAGCUUGCACUUUGUCUCUUACGUGGUACAUUGUAGAUAGGGCCUCUGGCUUGUCACCUAUUUCCUUGUUUGGUGACUACACACUUUUGUCCAUUUUCAGAGGAAUUUACUAAUGGCUUAGAAGAUCUGUAUUGCUCUUGCUCGGUAUGUCUUAAUGAUCAUAAGCAUCUAGGUUUUCUCCUUUGUCUGGUUUUCUCCUUUGGAAAAGCUUCAUGGUGAGGCCACUUCAUGGAACUUCUAUAUUCUGUUUUAGUGUUGAAAUUUGGGAUCAAUGUAUUCGUACAGAGCAAUGUUUUGUAUUUUAAGAUAAGAUGCUGUAAAGACCAAAUUCUUGACACAGUGCUUUCUCCUGCUAACAAGGCAUUCUUGGUACCGACGUUAGUAGGACAGCAGGUCAGCCCUCUGCAUUUCACAGUGAACUGACCUUUGCCUUAAAAUCACUUUGCGACUUCAGAAGGUGGCUGCUGUUGUGUGCUUCUUAUGGCACUUAUGUUCUGUGAUGGAUUUCACUUCGGAAGUGCCCAAGCAGGCAAGGCUAGGACAGACACCAGGCAAUGGGGCAGUGUAGUAGGUUGCCAUGAGCAAGUGUUCUAUCAGCGACUUGGAGGAUCCCACUUGGUGGCUCUGCUGGGCUUGACAAUGCCAUGUCCUAAAAGGGUCCCUUUCCACACUCAGGAUCUGGGAUGGCAUCAAGAGGAGUUUGGAGUGAUUACCUUUGUCUGGCAUGUGACUUGACUCACUUAACACUGACCUUUGAGAGUCAUUCAGUCCCCAGUGCAGAAGCCAAGUGACUGGGAACUCCAAGGAUACUUGAGGCCCACUUAUAACAGUUCUCACUGCGAGGUUAUCUUCCAGGGGGACCUUUGGUAAAGGUGAAGAUGUUUUUUGCCCGUUGUAACUUGAGCUGCUUGUGUGUGUGGAGGGUACUGCUGUCGUCAGUGAAUAGAGGCUGCACAUGCCCUGGAUGGCUGACACACCCCAUCUGCUUCAAGACCAGGGAUACCGAGGCAGAAAAGCCUGCUGAGUGGAGAGGGGUCUGACAGCUUAAGGUGGUGUGAUCAUUGCAGCUUCCCCACCAUUCUGGGAAGUGCUGUUUGUGAGGGCUGCACUUAAUUCUUGUGAAAACAACCCACUGUUAGCCUUUGUAAGACAAAGUGUAAUUUGUGAUAUUGUAUAAAACUACACUGUAGAAUAUGUAAAAAAGGCCCCCAAAUAAAAAAUGAAAUGUUAAUUCUAA